AUGAGUGAGCUGAUGAAGUUUAUUGUGAAAGAACUGAAUGCGAUUUUGAAUCGAAACUAUGACCUGAUAAAAUUUGAUGCUUUAGAUGAAAAACAGCUACUGCAGGUUCUCGUUGACUUGCUCUGUCAUUUUAAUGCUGGUGAUAAGCUAAAUAUUCGAGACGAAGACCCAGAAACUGUGACGGUACGAAUAUUGGAAAUGUUGGGGAACGUCAAAUAUCGGCCACCGGCAGGCAUCGAACCGACGCUAUUUAGGUCGCAAUUACUAUCUGGAGAUUCGCGAACUAUUCAUCAUGCCUUACAUUGGAUCCUGUCGAAUAAAGAACAAGUAAAAAAUACAGCGUAUCUUGCCAAGUAUUUAAAGAUCCCUGAUAUACCAGCUGAUGUAGCACGAAACAGUUCUGUACAAGACUUAUUAGACUUAUAUCAAAACUUAAUAGAUGAAUUUAAAGAUGUUCAUAAGAGAACGAGACUGUUGCAAAAAGAAAACGCUGCUGAAAUGAUUAACGACAUAAAAGAAAUGGCCGUCGAGAGAGACAUCGUGAUCAAGAGAUUGGAAAAUGUUCAAAUACAUUUGGUAGACGUAAGAGAUAAGGAGGAACUGUUAAAUAUGAGUAAACUUUUGCGCUUACAACAAGAAAGGGCAAAGGAGUUAGAAAAUCAAUACGAUAUGCAGCAGCUACAGCUAAAAACUGCGUCGGAACAGUUAAAGCGGUACUUAAACGUCAUUCACGGCCAGAGUGCUUCUCCCAAGAGCGCGUCCGAUGUCAUUAAACAUUUACAGGAGGAAAUUCAGUUGAAUAGCUAUCUUGUUAAAGAGAAACUACCACAGGAGAGUGCGAAUUUACAAAAAGAGUUAAAUAUAAUGCAGAUGAUUGCUUCAGAGCAGCAUCCUACCAGGUCGGAUUUAAUAACAGUUCAAGAUAAGAUAGCGGCUGUAAACAGUGAGGUAGAGCAGCUGGUGCAACGCCGCCUCGCCGCGUCCGACCCUCAGGAAGACAAACUCGCGCCGUUCCGACAACAGGCCGCUGUUAUCAGGCGCAACAAGGAAGCGAGUGCUGCCCGCGUCCACGAGCUCGCCGCUUCGUUAAAAGAACACGAAGCUACACUGGCUGAUCUUCGCUCACAGGUAAAACAACUACUUGGUGACAUGGUACUUAGAGGUGAAGAACUGAAGAAAUAUGUCAAUGCUUUACGGACCAAAAGUAAUCUCUACAAAAGACAGAGAGCUACUCUUUCUUCAUUUAAGGUAGAAGCGGGCAUUCUCACUAGGACAUUACACAUUUUAAGUACAAACGACCCUACAGUUGAAAUAGCUCUUGUAAACCAUAAAAAGACGAAAAUUGAUGAAGAUGACAUUGUUCAAAAGGAUCAUGACAAAACUACGGAUUUGACGAAGAAGUCAUUACAUGACAUGUCUCAGCUAGUAGCACAAACGGCUCAAAAGCUGUCGCAGGUACGUCAAGAAAUACAGCCUCUGGGUGAAAAAGUAAAACCUAUUAAACAAGAGUUUCAGGAAAUUCAACAGCAAUACGAGCAAAAGAAGAGAAUCUACGAAGCCACGUCUAUAAAUAUCUCUUCUCAAAUGGAUCCGUUAAAGAAUCAAGUGAAGGAGUUGACUGACCAACUGAAUAAUAAGGAAGAUGAAUGGAAAAAUUUAAGGCAGAAAAUAACUAAAGCGGAAAGUUUACAGGAAAUCGUUAUGUUCGAAAUGAAAAACUCAAUGCAAUCUCCGAGGAAACCUUCACAAAUGGAAGCCUUGAAGAAAAAGGUCGCUGAUAUGGAAGAAGCCGUCAAAAGUUUAGAGGAGGAACAAAGAGCAAUAAGUUCUCGUCAAGGAGUCGUGCAGGAGCAAACUCGUCUAUGGCAGAACACACUGCAAUUGUUGCGCUGCAAGAUAAAGGCGCGUAACGAACCCGCCGCGCGGCAAGAGCGCAUGCACAUCACGCAACAUUCGCAAAUGUUGACCCUUACUUAAAACUUUUCUUAUUAUUCCUUGAAUACCAAGAUUUAAUUUAUUAUAACGAAGUAAUAAUAUUUAAUAACAAUAAACAUAUGUAUUAACAA